GGGGCCCUUUGGAGGAAGGGUGGGCUAGCUAACAUGGGUGGGCCCUUUCCUCAGAACAUUUCUUCUUCCCUGAGUCAGAAUGACAGAAAGCAAAUCAGAUUUCUGCCCUAAAUAGAAGGAUGUGGGGAAUCCAGGAUCCUCGCACCUUUCCAGAUCCACAAUGAAAGCACAAGGCUGCUGGGAGGAGGUUCCGAGGAUGAGCUAAUCAUGAAGUAAUAAAAGGCAAUAUUUGCUGCUAGAGACACCCGAGACUGUUCAGGGAGUCGAGGAGGAACACCUAGAUGUGGCGGGUGUCUAGAAGCUGGAAAGCAGGAGUCCAGAAGUUUAUCCAGAGAUUCCUGCCUCGGGAGCUCCAGAUUGUCCGUACCCUGGACCACAAAAACAUCAUCCGGGUGUAUGAGAUGCUGGAAUCAGCGGAUGGAAAAAUCUACCUGGUGAUGGAACUGGCUGAGGGAGGGGAUGUCUUUGACUGUGUGCUGAACGGAGGGCCGCUGCCCGAGAGCCGGGCCAAGGCCCUCUUCCGCCAGAUGGUGGAGGCUAUUCGCUACUGCCAUGGCUGUGGUGUGGCCCACCGGGACCUUAAGUGUGAGAACGCCUUGUUGCAGGGCUUCAAUCUGAAGCUGACCGACUUUGGCUUUGCCAAGGUGUUACCCAAGUCACGCAGGGAGCUGAGCCAGACCUUCUGUGGCAGCACAGCCUAUGCCGCCCCUGAAGUGCUACAGGGCAUACCCCAUGAUAGCAAGAAAGGCGAUGUCUGGAGCAUGGGUGUGGUCCUGUAUGUAAUGCUCUGCGCAAGCCUACCUUUUGAUGAUACAGAUAUCCCCAAGAUGCUGUGGCAGCAGCAGAAGGGGGUGUCCUUCCCCACCCAUCUGGGCAUCUCAACCGAAUGCCAGGACCUGCUCAAGCGGCUCCUGGAACCAGAUAUGAUACUCCGGCCUUCAAUCGAAGAAGUUAGUUGGCACCCAUGGCUAGCAAGCACUUGAUACAAGCAAUGGCAAGUCCUCCCCAAUAAAGUAGGGGGAGAAAGCAAACGGAAA